AUGCCUCAACUCCCAACACAAAAGUCACCCACCACCACCCACUUUAACUGUAUAUGGUUUUCCCCUAAAGUACUCGAACACAUGUUGCCGUGGCCCUGGGAGUUCCAGCACGAUGACAAGACCAGCUCGUGGCUGAACCCCGCCAAGCUCGACCUCUUCAAGACGCACGGCACACUCGAAGGCAACAUCUACGAUGGCUGCGGCGAGGGGGCCUACUGCUUCGUGGAGGACAAGACCGUGCAUGGAGACUCCUACUGGGUGAAUUAUACCGUCGGCAAGGUUGGCGGUCCAGGUCGUCCAGAGGAGGCCCCAGCCCCCGGCGCAUGA